CGACUUUACCGCGGCGGACAAAGAAGAGAAGGCGGUGCUGAUCGAUUAUACUGUCUACAACCCAAAAGCCGCCAAAAAGGAAGGAACAAAAUUCUGGUGGCGGUUUUCCGUUAAAUUCUUCCUUGUUAUUAAACGGGCCUCUGGUUCGACAGUUAUAUCAGCCAGCUCGUUUUGUACCUUGCUCCGCACCGGGUUUUCAAGCAUGUAGACGAUGAUGCUUUCAACACCUGUUUUCUCCUGAAAAGACGACUCUGGUCUUGUGAUUCAUGGGAUUGGAUGCUGAGGAACCUGGGAACGGGAGGAUAUAGAAAGAAGCGUUCGAGGGAAGGACGGGCGCAGGGUUCGGAGUGUCAUUUGCUGUUGCUGCUGCAUGUCUGAUACUACACAAUUUUCCUGGGAUCAGUGCGGAGAACUGGUAAACGUUCUUGCUGAUUGAAGUCAUGGAAAUAAGAAGAAGGGAAAAAAUCAGUGCUUCCAUUCAUUCAAGAGCACCCCCAGCAGGUUCACUGCACAUGAAUCACAGCUGUGCAUUGCAACAAGUGGAACAUCCGCAUGCAGGGGCUGAUUAGCACCAUGGGAUCGGAAAGACCUUCUUCUUCCUUGGCUCACUUCUUCCCCCUGACAGGGCGAGAAAACCAUGACGAAUCCAAACGGAAGUUCUCGGAUGCGCAACUGUCCGAGGAGCUGAGCCCAUUGGUGAAUGAAUUGAUUUCACCGACCAUUGCCCCCUCCAGGGUGCUGAAGGAAAAGCUGCCAAAGGGGGGGUCAGUUGACGUUGAACCUGUUCAUCUUUCUUUAAAUUCGGCAUUUUUCAAAAUGCCCUAUAAUGAGCAUAUUCCCGCCGGAGUGCAGAAGAAUGACACGCGGAUUGCCGAAAUGGCGGCCAUCAAGUCGGAAUGGAAUCGGGGAUUAAUGAUGAUUGAGACUCCCCGUGGAUUGGCACGUGAGGAACGGAACAAUCCCGAGCACGCGCGCCGCCGACCUAUCUGUCUCAAUUUUCUGCAAGAA